UGAACUCAGCGGAAACAUCAGAGUGCGGAAGUAGCAGUUGUUGUGGGCAGCACUCUGCAUGGCGACUGCUUAGCAACGGAAGAAAAAUGCUGGUUAAGACGACUCUGUGUUAUUGUUAUAAUGCUCAGUAAACCGUGUGAUGCUGCCGGAGCCCGAAAAAAAGACUUUUGGAGACGUUACUGACUGUCCUGCUAACAGCUAACAGCUAGCAGAAGAAGGUACAUUGAAGACGUUUGACCACACAACUGCAGAAAUAACCACGAGAAUACUCAUUCAGCCUUCUGUUAUUAAUACUUCUCACUCAUAUUACUGUAGCUUUACUAAUAGUUUGCUGUCCAUUCAGUCUUUAACCUGGUUUAACUAGUGAGCUACUUUUAUGUACUAACGAGUUUAGUGUUGGCUAAACUUUGUACUGAACUCAACUAGUACCUGAACAGUCAUGGCGGAGGCCGGAGCUCAUCUCACCUCCACCGCCGUCAACGAGCAGCCGUCCAUCUUUGAAGUCCUGGCUCAGGAAUCUCUGAUGGAGGCGGUCCGACCGGCUCUGAAACAUGCUGUUAAGAUUCUGGCUGAGUCCAACCCGUCUCGGUUUGGCUUCCUGUGGAGAAGCUUCGAUGAGCUCUACCUGCUGCUGGACGUCCUCCUCCAGAACCACUUCCUGUCCAACUGCAGCGCCUCCUUCUCUGAAAACUUCUACGGCCUGAAAAGAGUUUCGGGCGGCCGCGGCCUUCCUGUUCGUCUGGGGCUGCACAGGAAGUCCCACUGGCGCUCUCUUCUUCUGCUGUGCUUUGUCCCGUACCUGCGGGCCAAGCUGGAGGCCACGUUGGCCCGGCAGAGAGACGAGGAGGACUUCUCCAUCCGGCUGGCUCAGAGCAGGAGCCAGAGCCUGUACCGGGCGGCUGUAGCGGCGUAUCCCUACGUCAGCUCUGCCUGGCAGGCCUGGAUCUUCUGCCAGCAGCUGCUCUUUGUGUUCGGAGUCACCAAGACCCACAAUCCUCUGCUGUGGCUGGCCAGGGUCCGACUGGCCAGACUGAACACUCAGGACAUCAGAGACAUAGAGCUGAAGAACAACAGCACUGGCAGCCCGGCGGAUGGAAGCUUCCUGCAGAGAAGCUGGUGGUUGAUGUCUCAGGCAGCCAGAGGCGUGGCCGUCUCCCUGUCCUCCUCGCUGUCUCUGGGCGUCUUCUUCCUGCAGUUCCUGGAGUGGUGGUACUCGUCGGAAAACCAGAGCUCGGUGAAGACCCUCACCUCCCUUCCUGCCCCUCCGCCCCCGCUCCACCUGCAGCAGGAGGCCGACAGCAGGAACUGUCCUCUGUGCCGGAAGCUGCGCACCAACGCCACGGUUCUGUCCACCUCCGGCUUCGUCUUCUGUUACCGCUGCGUCUACACGUACGUCAAGUCCAACAGACGCUGCCCGGUCACCGGAUAUCCCACCGAACUGCAGCACCUCAUCAAGAUCUACUCACCAGAGAGUUAAAGCACGUGAAGCGUGUUCAACUUCUACAACAGCUGCCUUCUUUUUACUGGAGCUAAACCUGAAACACCGUGUCCUUUGAUAAGCCCCAGUGUUUGCCUUUUUCUAAAUAAUGAGCUUUAUCAUUUUUUUGGAGUAAUUACGUAUUAAUACGAGCUGAUUGCAAUAUGAAAUUAUUUUUCAGUGAGUGUUAAAUUGUAUAUUAAUAAAUUGAGGAAUGAACAGUU